AUAAAUGUUUUCCCAAUAAAAAUGAAAUCAAAAUCAGAAUAAAAGAAAAAAAAAGAAAAAAAAAAAGUCUUUUAGCUUAGAUUUGGUAGGUACUUUUUCAAGUAAAAAAUACCCAUGUUUAGUUGAAUCACUUCUCUUCUGUUCAAUCUUUGCUAACACGCAAAAAUACGAAAAAACAAAUACAAAAAACGUAAGCUUUAAACAAACCCUUGUCUCAGAUUUAAGCUUCCAUAAAUAGCACUUAACAAUCUUUUGCCUUUUUUUUGUCAGUUUCCCAGGAAAAUUCACAAGUUAUUUUUUUUUUUCUCAAAUUUGCUUUCCAAAGAGACAAAUCUAUGUUAUUAUAUCGUAAUGUGGGUCUUUAAAGUUUUGUGUUAAAUCCUUUGCUUCCUAUCCAGAUUUGAACUUUACCCACUUCCCAAUUCCCUGUUUGUCAGCCAAACAAAUCAAGGUAAAAGGAAAAAGAAGGUUUAAAUCUUUGAUUCAAAUCUGGGUUCUUUAUGUUCCUAAGUGGAUUUCUAAAACUGGGUUCUCUUCACUGGGAGCUUAUAUCACUUUCCAGGGAGAAUUGGGUGUUAAAUUCAACAUCCAAGAAGUAACUUUUUUUAUGAGCUAAUAUGGUGUUCAAAUCUAAGAUAAAAUGGGUUGCAUUAUUUGUGUUGACUUUAUCUUUGGUGUCGUUGGUGGCUCAUCUUUCAAUGACAAAGGUUUCUAGUAUGAAUUUAGUCCAGUAUAGCGCAAAAGAUGCUUUAAGCCAUGAUUUUCCUAAUAUUGGAUCACAGGGUGGCAGAAAUAAGAGGCUAUGGGGUGCUGUGAGGUCCUUGGAGUCUUUGCAGCCAUAUGCAAACCCAAGAAACAGCUAUCCUGUUCCGAAUGAAAAUAAUAAUGGUUUCAUCUAUGCAAAAAUCUUUGGUGGAUACGAGAAGAUAAGAUCUUCGAUCUGUGAUCUUGUCACCAUAUCCAGGCUUCUAAAUGCUACUCUUGUAAUUCCAGAGAUACAAGAAAGUACACGUUCAAAAGGCAUCAAUUCUAAAUUCAAGAGUUUUUCCUAUCUUUAUGAUGAGGAGCAGUUCAUUGCAUCACUUAAAAAUGAUGUGAAUAUUGUGAAAAGCCUGCCUGAGUAUUUGAAGGCUGCAAGAAGAAGGGAUGAGUUCCCUACUUUCAAGCCCAAAAAUUCUGCUUCUCCAAAUUUUUAUGUCAAAGAAAUUUGGCCUAGCUUAAGGAAAUUCAAGGUUGUUGGGUUGAUUAUUACAGAUGGAGGGUGCCUGCAGUCGAUUCUUCCACCUAGUAUGUCCGAGUUUCAGAGGCUUAGAUGCAGGGUUGCCUUUCAUGCACUCCAGUUUCGUCCUGAAAUUCAAAUCCUUGGCCGCCAGAUAGUGGAAAGGCUACGAGCAUCAGGACAACCUUUCCUAGCAUAUCAUCCUGGUUUAGUUAGGGACACCUUGGCAUAUCAUGGUUGUGCUGAACUUUUCCAGGAUGUUCAUACAGAACUUAUACAAUACCGAAGGGAUCAGAUGAUCAAGCAAGGGAUCAUUAAUGACAAACUAAGCGUUGACUCACACUUGCACAAAGAAAAUGGCUCAUGUCCUCUCAUGCCUGAAGAGGUUGGACUUCUUCUUCGUGCAAUGGGCUAUCCUUCUAAAACAAUUAUAUACCUGGCAGGUUCUCAAAUUUUUGGUGGUCAACGUCUACUGAUCCCUCUACGUGCUAUGUUUGCAAAUCUAGUGGAUCGCACUUCGCUGUGCAGCAAGACUGAGUUGUCAGACUUGGUUGGUCCUGAAACACCUCUUCCUCCGGAUAUGUUUCAACUUCCUCGUCCAAAAAGUGAGGAACAACUUAAAGAAGAGUGGAAUAGGGCUGGUCUACGACCCCGGCCCCUUCCUCCACCUCCUGAUAGGCCCAUAUACCAACAUGAAAAAGAAGGCUGGUAUGGUUGGAUUACUGAGAAUGACAAAGAACCAGACCCUUCACCCAUGGAUCUUAGGAUGCAAGCUCACAGGUUACUUUGGGAUGCCCUUGAUUAUAUCAUCUCUGUGGAAGCAGAUGCAUUCUUUCCUGGUUUUAACAAUGAUGGUAGUAGAUGGCCGGAUUUCUCAGGCUUGGUUAUAGGACAAAGGUUGUAUGAGAGGGCUUCUUCUAGAACGUAUCGACCAGACAGGAAAACUAUUGCUGCACUUUUCAACAUUACCUGCGAUGAUAUGUACCAUCCCAAGCAUAAUUGGACACUAUCAGCUAAGGAACAUCUCAACAGAAGUUUGAGUGCAGAUGGCCUUAUCAGGCAAUCGCUGUUGUCAAAGCCAACCUCUUUUCUAUCACAUCCGCUUCCCGAAUGUUCUUGUAGAACGUCUUCUGUUGAAAUCACAAAACCAAUCAAGGGUAAAGAUGGCAGAAUUUUAUACGGAGGUGAACAGGAGUGCCCCAAAUGGAUGCAGUCAGCUGGGGCUGAAGGGGUUAGAAAUGAUGACACCGAAUCAGCAGAAGAUGAUAAUGAUGUGGUUGAACAGCUAGAACCCAAUGAUGCGGAUGAUGGUGCCGAUGUCAUAAGUAGCUUAACUUCGCUGAUUGAUCAUGACGAAGAAUGGGACCCUAAUGACUGACUGGAUUUACAGAUGAUACAGUUUCCUCCCUAUAUCGUCAGCUGGUGGAAUUCAGUUUUCAGUGAAUUCUUCUGGAAUGAAAAUUCUUGGGACACGGGUAACAUCCAAAGCCAUUCUUUUAUUUCACAGUUCCAGUCUAAUCUUUUGAGAUAAAUAGUAAGUCAAAAUUUUUUUGUCAUUUUGAGUAGAUUCAUUCAAGCAAUUCUCCAGUCACAGAGACCAAAGAGUUUUUUAUAUGCCUUAUACAUCAAGUUUUCUAACAUGAGAACAGUGGAAAGAUUUGAUCCAGU